CUCCGUUUCUCAAAACCGAGAGCAAAAAAAAAAACAAAGAAGACGAAAGAGAGAAAGAGUUUUUCUUUUUUUUCUAGGUUUUUGAUUUUCAAUGGCGACGACGACGGGACAUGAGAGAUCAAAGACUCUUAUCAAUUUCUCGUUACCGAAGUUAUGGGGGACUCAACGACAUCUAAGGUGUGUGAAGGGUGAUGAUUCCGACGGUGGUGGUGGUUCUAGCUCCGGCGGUGAUCAACGAAUCCGUCGCCGAUCUUCGAAUUUCGAAUUCGAUCAUCAGAAUCGACGAUUGAUGGUUGAAUCAUCGGAGAAAGAAGGAAUCGAAGAGUUUAGAGAGAAGAUUAUGUUAGAUCUUAGACACGUUGCUGAUAAGAUGACGGAAUCGAUAUUUAGGGAACAAGUUCUCGGCGAAGAAGAAGAUAAAGAGAUGGAGAUAGAGAGGGAGGAUUCUCCACCGGAGAGAGAGGUUUCACCGCCGUCACCGCCGGAAGCGACGGGAGCAACGGUGGAGGUACGGCCGUGGAAUUUGAGAAAGAGAAGAGCAGCUUGUAAAGCUCCGAUUUCGGGAAUCGAUUCGGGAUCAGUGAUUGAGGAGAAUAAACGAGUGAAUUCGUCGAUAUUAGGAAACGAAUUGGGGAAAGAUCGGAGUAGAUUGUACUAUACGUUGUCGAAGAAGGAGAUUGAAGAAGAUUAUAUGAAGAUGAUGGGGCAAAAACCACCGCGGAGACCGAAGAAACGAUCAAGAAACGUUCAAAAACAGAUCGAUUUGUUGAAUUUUGGUUCUUAUAUAACUGAAAUCACUGAAGAUCUCUACAAUGUUCCAGACCAAGCUGAGAAGGGAAAGAGAUGAUGAUAAUGAUGGAUUGGAGACUUGGAGUUUGUGAAUUGCUCAAUUUUGCCUUUUUCUAAUUAUUCUUUGUUAGUUUUGGGUUUUCUAAUGUUCAUUGGCUGAGAAUAACCUGUACAAAAGAUAUGGGACAAAAGUAGUUCUGUUUCAUUGGAACUUCAUUGGAACAUACUCUUCAUUGUAAAGAAAAGCCAAUAUUAAACAAUAAUAGGAUUUAACAUUUUUUUUU